AUGAAACGCUAUGCUGUCCGCCGAGCCGGGGCCGAGGCAAGGGGGAGAGUGCGGAGAGGACCCCUGCCAUCAAUCACUCAGGGUGGGGCAGGAGUCCGGCACUCUCAUGGAUCAGGAGGACGCCCGGUCAAGGCUAAAGGCAUAGAGUGUCCCCCUAACGUGAAGAAGGCGGGUCAACUCAAACUGAGCUGUGAGGAUGUGGUGCUGACAGACGGACAGCAGACCACCAGGUACCAGUCAGGAGUCCAUCAGGAACAGCACACUCACUCACACACUAUAGUGUAA